CAGAUGAAGUUAUUACAAAUGAAAUGCCAGAUCUUGGUCUUCCAAUUAAAGAUUUUCAACAUAAUACAUGGCAUGUUACUAAUUGGAAUAAUUUAGAAAGAAUGUUAACUGGUCCCGAAUUUGAAGUUGGAGGUUGGAAAUGGCGUAUUCUGCUUUUUCCUUUCGGAAAUAAAAAUAUUAGUAAAGUCUCUAUUUAUUUGGAUUUCGCUGAUUUACAAGGUGCACAUGAUGGGUGGCACUGUUGCGUACAGUUCGUUUUAAUCUUAUCAAAUCCUGAAGAUCCGACACAAUACGUUAGUCAUUGUGCUUUUCAUCGGUUUACUGCUGAGAAUUCUGAUUGGGGUUUUGGAUCAUUUUAUGAUCAACGUAAACUUUUUAUUCCAUCCUCUGGUCGAACUCGCCCAUUAAUUGAAAAUAACUCUUGUAAUAUUACAACUCUUGUUCGUGUUCUGGAGGAUUCAACUGGUACAUUAUGGUCUGAUGUUAGAUCAUUUUCUACUGGGUAUAUUGGUUUAAACAAUGAUGGGAUAAAUACUUUCUUAAACUCGGCAAUACAAUCUCUAUAUUUUAUAAAAUAUCUUCGUAAGGCUGUAUAUCAAAUACCUAUAGAAAAAGAUAAAUCAUCCGGAAGCAUUUCCUCGGCUUUACAACGAAUUUUUUAUCAAUUAAAUUCUUUAGAUUCACCGGUUGAUAUAACGGAAUUAACUAAAUUUUUUGGUUGGAAUUUAUUUUUUAUGACUGAUGUCCGAGAGUUUAUUAGAGCAAUACAAGACGAUAUUAGAGAUAAAAUAAAGAAUACAAAAGUAGAUGACCCAAUUUCUAAACUAUUUAUGGGAACGAUGAAAAGUUAUAUUAAAUGUGUAAACGUAAAUUAUGAGUCUUUACACAUUGAAAAUUAUUAUGAUAUUCAACUUAGCGUCAAAGGAUGCAAAACUCUAGAUGAAUCUUUAAUGAAAUAUACUCAUGAAGAUAUUUUAGAUAAAGAUAAUAAAUAUAAUGCUGAAGGUUAUGGUUUGCAAGUUGCUAAAAAAAGUGUAAUAUUUGAAAGUUUUCCGCCUGUAUUACACAUAUAUUUAGAUCGGUUUGAUUAUGAUGUGAAAAGUAACCUUAUGUUAAAUAAUCGUUUUGAAUUUCCAUUGGAAAUUGAUUUGCAAAAAUAUUUAUCACCGGAUGCAGAUAAAUCGAAAUCACAUAAAUAUUUACUACAUGGUGUACUUAUUCGCGAUAAUGCAAUUGAUGGAGAAGAUCAUCAUUUCGCAUUUCUGAAGCCAGAAAAGAAUCAUGGAUGGGUAAAAUUUGAUGAUGAUAAAGUAACAUCAGUAUCGGUUAAAGAAAUGCUCGAUAUUAGUUACGGUGCAGAAGAUAACAAAUUUAAAGAUGCAUAUAUGCUAGUGUAUAUUCGUGAAUCUGAUAUUGAUGAGAUUUUAUAUCCAAUACUACCUAAGGAUGUGAAACAAAGCCGUUACUUACUUGAAGAAUUUGAACAAGCAAGAAAAGAAUUAGGUGAAAGUUGCCUAUAUUUAAAAACAUGGACAUUUAAGAAACAUAAUGGAUUUGACCUUACUAAUUUUAAUAAUCAGCAACAUCCAUUAUCUGAAAUUCCUCAAUUUAAAAUUUUAAGGGAUGACACCUUUAUUACUUUUAAAAAGAAAGUUGCUAAAAAGUUUAAACUUCCCGUUGAUAAAAUAAGAUUCUGGUUCUCUGCAACUCGACAAAAUAAAACUAUUAGACCAUAUGAACUCAUAACUGACGAUUAUCUUACAGAAACAAUGGAAACCAUUAAAACAACAAUGGGUUAUAAUGAGCUGAAAUUAUAUAUGGAGAUAUUUGAGAAACCAAUAAAUAACAUGUCUUCACAUGAUAGUGAGACAUCGCCAAUUAUUAUUUUUCUUAAAUAUUUUGAUCCAGAUAUACAAUCAUUAGACAGAAGUCUUGGCCAGUUAUAUGUUCAAGAAGAAAGUAAUGUUGGUGAGAUUUUUCCUAUUUUAUGCAAGAAAAAACAAUUCCCUCCAAAUACUCCUAUAAAUGUAUAUGAGAUAAAACCAGAUAGAAUUGAUAAAAUGUAUCCAGAAAAUACUUUUAAAAUAUCAGAGAUAAUAAAUGGCGAUAUAAUCUGUUUUCAAAAGGAAUUGACAGAUAAAGAGAUCCAAGAACAUGUUUCUGCGGGUCGACUACAUAGUAUUCCACAAUUUUAUGAUGCAUUAUCAAAAAAUGUUGUCGUUCAAUUCAGGUCAAAAUUCGGUUAUAAAAGUUUUAUUCCUGAAUUUAGUUUGAUUUUAAAUAAAUCUAUGACCUAUGAAGUUGUUAUUAAUCAAGUCUCUACUUAUCUUAAUAUCGAUCCUUCAUGUUUACUUUUAACAUCAAUCUAUUUUGAUAAUAUUGAUAAAAUGACAUUAUCAGAAAUGCUUCAGUUUUCAUCAAACCUAUAUUAUGAA